GGUAUAUUAUUGGAUUGAUUGUUGUUGUUUACUUUUUUUGUUAAAAUGGUUGACGAAAGUACACGUAAAACUCUGAGCAGUAUUCCACUUUUAAAAACAAAAGCGGGGCCUAGAGAUAAAGAAUUGUGGGUAGAAAGACUUAAAGAGGAGUAUCAGUCAUUAAUAAAGUAUGUUCAAAAUAAUAAAGCAGCAGAUAAUGACUGGUUUAGGCUAGAAUCAAAUAAGGAAGGUACCAAGUGGUUUGGAAAAUGUUGGUAUUUUCAUGAACAACUUAAGUACGAGUUUGAUGUGGAAUUUGAUAUUCCAGUUACUUACCCAACUACAGCACCCGAGAUUGCUCUGCCUGAACUAGACGGCAAGACAGCAAAAAUGUACAGAGGUGGAAAGAUCUGUUUAAGUGACCACUUCAAACCUUUAUGGGCUAGAAAUGUACCGAAGUUUGGUAUUGGACAUGCUAUGGCAUUAGGCCUUGGACCAUGGCUUGCAGUUGAAAUUCCAGACCUCAUAGCUAAAGAAGUUAUUCAUUAUAAAGAAAAGGAAGAUAAAAAAUAAUUACGUUCGAUAAUACAUUGUAUCUGUUAAUUAAUAUGAAGAUGAUUAUUAUUUCGGUUAUGAGUAACAAUAAAUAAUAUAUUUUGAGAA